GCAACUAAGGGACUACUAACCCGUGGAGGUGGAGCAGAUGCUGAGCAGCAGACCCUGAAAAGCAUCGCUAGAAAUAUGCAUGAACAAAAGUACAAGAGAGUCAUUGUGAUGGCAGGGGCAGGCAUUAGCACCCCGAGUGGGAUCCCCGAUUUCAGGUCCCCCGGAAGCGGUCUCUAUGACAACCUGCAGCAGUAUAACCUGCCUUAUGCUGAGGCUAUUUUUGAAAUUGCCUUUUUUCGUCACAACCCUAAACCAUUCUUUGCCCUGGCCAAAGAGUUAUAUCCAGGAAAUUACCAGCCCAACACUACUCACUAUUUUGUGCGGCUGCUGCACGAGAAAAGGCUGCUUCUCAGAAUGUACACACAGAAUAUUGAUGGCCUUGAAAGAUUGGCCGGGAUUCCUCCUGAGAUGCUCGUGGAGGCCCACGGUACAUUUGCUACAGCCACAUGCACUGUUUGCCGAAGAAAAUACGCGGGAGAAGACCUGCGCCCAGAGUUAAUGAGCGGACUUAUUCCCAAAUGUCCGACCUGUACAGGCGUAGUAAAGCCGGACAUAAUAUUUUUUGGAGAGGAGCUGCCACCUCACUUCUUCAAGUAUCUCACAGACUUUCCGUUUGCAGAUCUACUGAUCAUCAUGGGAACAUCACUGGAGGUGGAGCCCUUUGCCAGUCUGGCUGGAGCUGUGCGUGGCUCUGUUCCUCGGCUACUCAUCAAUAGGGACUUAGUUGGUCCAUUUGCAUUGCAAAACAGCCGACCAUGUGAUGUUGUGCUGCUGGGUGAUAUAGUAAGUGGCGUCCAUAGUUUGGUCGAUGCCCUCGGUUGGAAUCAGGAGCUGGAGGCCCUGAUCGCAACGUCUGCCCAGAAGAGUGCCACAAAGACAAAUGAAGAAUGA